AUGUCAGGCAACGGCAACAGCUACCAAAAGAAUGGUGGCGUUGGUGUGUACCAUGAAAUCCCUAAUGGGGCUGAGGGUGGAAUGAGCAGCAAGAAGAAAACCAUGAUCGGAGCUGGUGUGGUGGCGGUGCUUGCCAUUGUUGGAUACUUUGGUUUUGGUGGAAGCAGUGAGCCAACUGGUGCCUCUGUGGCCAAGGUCAUGGAAAAGGCUGAUCUCAACGUCAAGGCCAAUGGAGAAUUGAAGCUCUUUGAUAAGCAGAAGCGCUUUGUUCAGGAAGAUUACGAUGCCGUUUCCACUUUUGCAUCUUUCCUUCCCGGUGUUGCUGGAUAUUUUGGAAAGCCAGUUUGGGCAUUUUAUGUCAACCGUGGUCAAGGAAUUUCCACCUUUGGUACCGAAUCCAAGGAUUAUCCACUUUUGGAGUUCAAUGCUGCCAACAAGGCUUACCAAUUGACUCCUUAUAUUGGUUUCCGUUCCUUUGUCCGUGGAAGUCGCGGUUCUACCUCGUUUCAAUCCGAACCUUUCACCCCUUCUAGGAGCCGCAAUAUUUUGGACGAAAACGACGAUCCCAGCAAGCCCAAGCGUAUUUUGUAUGUCGGUACCAAUGAAUUGGAAAUUCAGGAAUUGGAUGGAGUCCAUGGUUUGACUACCAAUGCGGAAUAUUUCAUCAUGCCAGAAGAAAAUUACGCAGCCUUGGUUCGUCGUGCUACCUUUACCAACAGUGGAGACUCAGAGGUCACUCUUGAUAUCCUUGAUGGACUUGCCAAGAUGGAACCAGCUGGAGGAAUGCUGGACGGCAUGUUGAAAAACAUGGGAAGGACUGUUGAAGGUUGGUUUGGAGUUUACCAUGCUGACGACACCCUUACAAUGCCCUUCUACAAGCUGUCUACAGAACCAUCCGAUGAAGCCAAGGUCAAGAUCGAACAGGAAGGACAUUACUUGAUGGCUUUCGUGGAAACAGAGGACAAGGAAGCUACACUUCUUCCCAUCGUCUUUGAUACCAACAAGGUCUUUGGAAAGAGUACCUCCCUUGAGUCACCCCGUGGAUUGCAAGCCUCCAGUGUUCAAGAAAUCUUGGAUAAUCCUCAGUACGGAGACGCCAAGACUUCUUGUGCCUUUGCCGCUGUCAGUCAAGUCACCUUGCAGCCCGGUGAAAACAUCACUAUUGCCUCUGUCUAUGGAAAAGCCCAUCACAUUGACCGUGUCCCUGAGAUUGCUGAAAUUAUCAAGGCUCCUGGAUACAUUCAAGAGAAGGCUCAGCGUGCUAAAACUUUGAUCAACAAUUUGACUGCCAGUGUCGAGACCAACACUGCCAACCCACUUUUCGACGGUGCCGUCAAGCAGAUGUUCUUGGAUAACAGUCUUCGUGGAGGUAUGCCCACCAUUAUUGGAGACGUUGAAGGUACCAAGACCUACGAUGAAGAUCCUGGUGUUAAGGUUUUCCAUGCUUUCUCUCGUAUUCACGGUGAUUUGGAACGUGACUACAAUGCUUUCAAGAUCGAGCCUGCUUUCUUCUCUCAGGGACCUGGAAACUACCGUGAUGUCGCUCAAAAUCGUCGUGAUGAUGUUGCUUUCACCCCUCGUAUGGGAAGUUUUGAUGUCCAGCAGUUCUUGUCCUUCAUUCAAGCUGAUGGAUACGAGCCCUUGACGGUCGAAGCCGUUGUGUACCAGUUCACUGAUUCCGCGAAGGCUGCCGAAGCGGCAAAGGCAGUGACUGGUGAUCCAAAGAGCGAAGACACCCUUACCAAGGUUCUCAAGGGCGGUCCUUUCCGACCAGGUCAACUCUUUGACCUCAUGGAUUUGUUGAACAUCACUAUCACUGCAAGCAACGAAGACUUUGUGAACACGUUGGUAGCUGGAGCAGAAGACUUCGCCAUGGCUGUCUAUGGCCAAGGAUACUGGGCUGAUCACUGGGACUACUACGUCGACUUGAUCGAAGCCUACUUGAGCAUCUACCCUGAUGAAGAGGAAUCCCUCAUGUACGACACAUCUCUCCGCUAUUUCUUCUCGACCGCGACAGUCAAACCCCGAAGUCAAAAGUACAUUUUGACCCUAACUUUUGACGGCAAGAGCAAACACGUGCAACAGCUCGAGUCUACUUAUUAUGAUCAGGACAAGGCGAAGGAACAAGAAGCCUUCCGUGAUCAGAAUACCGGACUCAUCAGUAUUGAUGCCAACUGGCAGAGAACUCCUGGAACUUCUGGCACGGCCUUCAAGAGUAGUGCACUCGCCAAGCUCUUCCUUCUUGGAUCAAUCAAAUUCGCCAUGAGAGAUGCAUGGGGUAUGGGAAUUGAGUACGAAGGAGGCCGCCCAGGAUGGUUGGACAGUAUGAAUGGACUCCCCGGUAUGGUCGGAAGUGGAAUGCCUGAAACCUAUGAACUUUACUUGCUCCUCAAGUAUGUCAAGAGUGUCUUCGACAAGUUUGAUCGCCCAAUCAUCAUCCCCUCGGAGCUCUGGAAGAUGGUCAAUACUACGGAAGCGGCUCUCGAUGAGCUCGAAGCUUCGGGAUACGUUGACGCUGAGGAGCUUACUGAAGAUGUCCCCGAGGAGCUCUUCGAGUACUGGGAUGUUGUCGCAUCUGCUCGUGAGAACUACCGCAACGAUGUCGAAUACUACUUCUCCGGCAACACAACCACUGUGGACGCCAAAGACGGCUCAAAGAUGAUUUCGAGAUGGUUGGACCAGAUUGAGCUUGGAAUGAAACGUGCCGCCUACUUUACCACUCUUGGGUACGGAGACGAUGGUUCCUCAGGGGUCCCUGCAUGUUUCUUCUCGUACGAAGUUACUGACUGGGCGCUCAACAAAAACAAGAAUUCUGUGGGACUCCCCUGUGUCAAUGCCAAGGCUAUGAAGGUUGGAAGACUUCCCAUGUUCUUGGAAGGCCCAGUUCGAUACAUGAAGACUAUCCAAGAUGAUCAGGACAAGAUGAAGGAUUUGUACCAACGCGUGCUGAAGUCAGGCCUUCGUGAUACCGAGUUGAAGAUGUACUUCUUGUCGGCCACUUUGAAGGGUCAAACUUACGAUAUCGGUCGUCAAAUUGCCUUUGCACCUGGUUGGUUGGAGAACCAGUCCAUCUGGAUGCAUAUGUCUUACAAGUACUACUUGCAGUUGAUUCGUGGAAAGCUUUACGAAGAAUUCUUCUCUGAGAUGAAGGGUGGCGGUAUCUUGCCUUUCAUGGACGCCAAAACGUAUGGCCGAUCUCUCAUGGAGUGCUCUUCGUUUAUUGCUUCUUCUGCUUUCCCGGACCCGUCCAUUCACGGAGAAGGUUUCCUUGCUCGUCUCAGUGGUUCCACCGCUGAGUUCAUGAGCAUGUGGAAGUUGAUGUUCAUUGGGCCCACUCCUUUCUAUUUGAACAAGGAAGGCGAUGUCGAGUUCCAGCUCGUGCCUGCAAUUCCUUCUUGGUUGUUUGAGGAUCCGGAAAGCGACUCGGAACCUAUCAGAGACGAGGAUGGAUCGCUUACUGUGAACUUCAAGCUUUUCGCCCACAUUGUUGUCACCUACCACAACCCCUCUGGCGGAGACAUCUACGGAGAGCCACCCAAGAAAUACAAGGUCACCAUGGCGGAUGAUAGCGAAAUCGACAUUGACGGAUCUGUCAUCCCCACCGAUACUGCUCUUGAGAUUCGUCGUGUCAAGCCAGUCAAGUCGAUUGAUGCCUACUACUAA